AUGCACUCAUUGGGCAUUUAUCAUUUGGAUAUAAAAGCAGAAAAUGUUGCAGCUUCUAAUCUUUGCUGCCAAAUGCUGAGACCCCUAAGCAGCAGCAGCAACAGCAGCAGCAGCAGCAGCAGCAGCUGUUGUUGUUGUUGCCACAGCAGCACUGAGGAUUGCCGCAACAGCAGCAGCAAAGGCAGCGACAGUAGCACCAGCAGCAGCAGAAGCAGCAGCAAGAAGGAGAACAGCACGAACAGCGAGAACAGCAGCAGCAGCACCAACAGCAGCAGCAACAACAGCAGCAACAAUAGCAGCAGCAGCAGCAGCAACAGCAGCAAAAAACUGAAAGUAGAGUUGCCUUCUGUGUCUCCAGAUGAGGCAGCCGAACUGGGAGGUGUCGAUACACCCCAAGGCAUGAGAUGCAGCUGCGGCUGUUUGCUUUUGGCUUCUCUUUUGGAUUUCGACAGCGCCCAAAAAGGUGACAGAGAAAAAGUUUUGCCGGGAGGUUCUUCUAAAAUAAUUAUUCCUCCAGAAGAAAUAAAUCCAAAAUACAAAAAAGAAAAAACCAAAAACGAAAAACAAGAACCCUAUAGCAGCAGCAGCAGCAGCAGCAGCAGCAGCGGCAGCUGCAGUAGCGGCAGCAGGAGCAGCAGCGACGCGGCAGCAGCAAAUGCCAAUCAGUUACCGGCUGCUGCAGCGGUGGCAGCAGAAGCUCCUGCUGCCACCGCUCCUCCUCUCCCACCUGCUGCUCCUCCCCCUGCUGCUGCUGCUGCUGCUGCCGCUGCUGCUGCUCCCGCUGCUGCUGCUUCUGCCGCUCCUGCUCCCGCUGCUGCUGCAGCUGCUCCCGCUGCUGCGGCUGCUGCUGCUGCUGCUGCUGCUGCUGAUCUGGAGAAUGAAGAGCCUUUGGAAGGAGCAGCAAAAGAUGUUUAUGGUUUGGGCUGUUUCCUUUCGCUGCUGCUCACGGGGCAGCAUCCUUACAUAAGGCCAACUGCAGCAGCAAGCUGGAGGGAGGCUGAAGGUUUAUUUUUUUCGUCAUUAAUUGCUGGUGAAGAACUAAACCCUAAACCCUUUUCUUUUGUUCAGCCUUCUGAGGCAGCUGCAGACCUCCUCUGGGGUAUGGUUGCGCCAAACCCUUGCGAGCGGCUGCGGCUCUCGGAGGAGAUGAAUCGGCAGCCCCUGAUAACUCCUUCUCCCUUUGCGCCUUCGGCGCCCCCUGCGCAGCUCUCUGCUUCCCCCUUCCUGCAGCAGCAGCAGCAGCAGCAGCAGCAGCAGCCGCUGCUUUGGGGGUCUUCUGUGGCUGCUGCUGCUGCACCUGCUGCUGCUGCUCCCUUUGGCAUAGGUUUUGGCAGCAGCAGCGGCGGCGGUUUUGGUGCGCCCGCAGCAAACCCUUUUGGGCAGCCACUUGCUGCUGCUGCUGCUGCUCCCUUUGCUGCAGCAGCAGCAACAGCAGCAGCAGCAGCAGAUGGAGCGGGCCCCAUGGCUGUUCAAAAAGAAACUAAAACUGAGGGCUACACAGAAGGCAGAAUUUAUGUAGAGACUUGGAAGCACUUGCAAACCGCCAAGAAGAGCGGCUGCUGGCCCUUCACAAGCACCACCGCGGGGCCGGCGCCCGGGCCUGUUUACGAGGGUUUGGUUUUGACGAAUGAUAAUUUGCGAUGGGAGUUUUACCAACGAAACCCUCAGCAGCAGCAGCAGCUGCUGCAGCAGCUCAACGAACAGCUUUAUUUGUGUCAGCGCGCAUUUUAUUUAAAAGUUAAAGAGAAAGCAGCAGCAGAAGGACUUCCUUUUGCUGCUGAUCCUCUUUACGAAACGCCUCCUGCUGCAGCGCCGCCUGCUGCUGCUGCUGCUGUUGUGCAGCAGCAGCAGCAACAGCAGCAGCAGCAGCAACAGCAGCAGCAGCAGCUCGCCGCGGGGCCAGCUGCAACCCCAGGUGCCCCUGCUGCUGCCCCCGCUGCAGCCUUCUUUGGAGCCCCAGCAGCAGCAACAGCACCAGCAGGAACAGAUGCAGCAGCAGGAACAGAUGCAGCAGCAGCAACAGCAGCAGGAACAACAGAUGCAGCAGCAGCAGCAGCAGCAGCACGAGAAGCAGAGCUGGCGGCAUUUCGCAGCGCAGCAUUUGAGCCCGGGAAGAUCCCAGAGUCGCCGCCGCCGCCAGAGCUUUGCCGUUGA